AUGUUUGGGUCUGUGUGUUGUCCGAUAGAAGUUUUAUCCACACCAAGUAAUGCUUUGUCUAAGGAGCUUGAAAAAUCCUCAAUUGAAGAUGUUAUUGAAGAUGACAACAAAGGAUGGACUUUAGUUACUCGAAAGAGGACUUGCAAGCCAAAAAUAAAGAAGUGCAUCUUUUCAAAAAGCAUUCGUUCGACAAAGCCUAAAGUGACAAUGAAACAACGAAAUGCAACAAAACAGCAAAAGGGAGUGGCCACGAAGCCAAUUCUUUCAGAUUUUCACCUUCUUCAAGAGAUUCGACAGCCCGUGAUACUGAGGAAAUUUAUACCCAAGGGGUAUUUAAGUGAUGAUGCUAAUAAUUCCACUUCUUGUAAUGUCGUUAAGGCUGAAAAUCCUCAAAUCACACAAAUUGGCACUAAAUUUGAGGAAAAACUCAAAAUCGACGAUAAACCACCAGUAGAUUGUGCAACAACUAUCAUUUUUUAUGAUAACAAUUUAACUGUUGAGUUCAAAACUCACAAUCGACCUUUGUUUGUUAGUGCGUAUGUCCGAGAACAAAAGAUGAAUCGGAUACUCAUUGAUGGGGGAUCUGCUAUCAAUAUUAUGUCCGUACGUGCUAUGAAAGAACUAGAAAUCUCAAGCGAUGAACUCUCGCAGAGCUGCCACAUGAUCCAUGGAUUUAACCAAGGGGGGCAAAAAGCAAUUGGUCUCAUAAGGCUUGAAUUGCUCAUUGGUGAGUUGUCUUCAAGUGCAUUAUUUCAUAUCAUUGAAGCCAAAACCUCUUAUAAUAUGCUCUUGGGACGACCCUGGAUUCACGAGAAUGAAAUUAUAUCGUCUACUCUGCAUCAAUGUUUCAAAUAUUGUCGAGACGGCAUAGUUAAGAAGGUUGUUGCCGAUAAUAAACCUUUCACUGAGGCCGAGGCUCACUUUGCCGGCGCCAAAUUUUACCUUCAGAAAGAAGCAAAAAGAAAAGAAUCAAAAGAAGAGGGCCAGUCUUCUUUUAUCAGGAAUGAUACAUUAAAUGUUCCGUUCACCAAAAUAGAGCCUGUUAAAAGUGAGAAAGCGAGCUUGCAAGGAUAUGUUCGUCCCAAAGAAGAACUGGCAGUAGAACAUUACUCACUACCAACUAAUUGGACUCAAGAAGGUUUUGAUCCAAACGCAUAUAGACUUCUUGCUAAGGUCGGUUAUAACCCAAAUGAGAAGCAUGCAUUGGAAAAACUCCCUCCUGAGGUAACUGGCGAGAAGACUCAUGGAUUAACACCUGCGCAGAAAAUGUUGAAGGAAAAAGGCUAUAAUAUUGAAUGUUCAUCGAUGGGUCUUCAUUAUCAACCGCCUUCUCCAGUGCGUAUAAUGAUCAAAAGGGCAAGUUGUAACUAUGUGAAUGAAGAAAUGGAGAUCACAAGGCGCAAGAGAUCUGUGUUCGAUAGGUUGGGAAAUAAUUCAAGGCAUACUUCUGUGUUUGACAGACUUGGCCCGCAGCCAAAAUAUUUGAAACCGACCGUCUAUGAAAGAUUAGGCAGAAAAAAGCAACAGUACCAAGUUGUCAAGAAAGAAAAUUUUACUCCAAUAAAGAAGAAUGGUACGAGGAAACGAGUUUCCAAUUUCUUUAUGCAUUAUGGAGACUUGCUUAACGUAAGGAUCGAAACCAUCUUUGAAGAACAUGGUCAAGAAAGUAUUGCUUCUUGCCAUCAUAUUACAAUCAGUGAUCCUGAAGAAGAAGAAGAAGAUGCAGAUGACGCUCCCGCUGAAUUUGAACAAGAAGUAAAAAAUACAGUCGAUGCCCUAAAAGAGAUUAAUCUUGGCACAAGUGACGACCCUCGCCCAAUUUACAUAAGUUCUUGUAUGACUCCUGAAGAAGAGAAAGAGUAUGUUGAUUUGCUACUCGAGUUCAAAGAUGUCUUUGCCUGGAAUUACUCAGAAAUGCCCGGUUUGGAUCCUAGAGUCGCUGUUCAUAAUUUAUCUGUCCAGCGAGGAACAAAACCUAUCAAGCAAACUCAAAGGCACUUUCGGCCUGAAUUGAUUCCUCUGAUAGAAAAUGAGAUAAAUAGACUGAUUGAAUCUGGAUUCAUACGAAAUGUAAAAUAUCCAACAUGGAUUUCAAGCAUUGUCCCUGUUAGGUAG